UUAAUAAAUAUCACUGUAUAUUAUCAAGUGCUAAAUGUGUUCUUAUGUUCUAGGUUUAAUAAGCCACGAAUCAAACCACAGCUUUGAAAAUGAAAACAAGGAGCUACCACCAGUUGAAAUUACUAAUGCAGAUUCACAAUUAUCCAAACAAAGUUCAGACGAUCAGCUCUCGGUUGCAGUAUGCGAAGAGCAAGAAAUGAAAAUGGAAAUUAAUGAUGAUUCCAAUGCAUCUAGAGUAUCAAGCACUAAAACUUUUGAUACAAGCGCGAAAUCAGUAGAUGUGCCAGAUUCUCAAUCGUCGUCAGAAACUGUGGAGAUAACGUCAUCUGGCGAAAAAGUAGAAGAAAUCAAAAAGGUUGAGGAGAAACGCUCUUCGGAUAAAAAAUCGGACAAGCAUCAUAGCUCGCAUAGGCACAGUUCUCAUAAAUCAAAGUACGAUAGUAAGGAUCGUAAGAGCGACAAAGAUAGGAAGUCAGACAAGGAUAAGAGGGAUCAUCAUAGCAGUAAGAGUAGCGAUUCAAGUUCAAGAAAAGAUAAAGACAAAAAAAGUAAAAGUGAUAAGGACCAAAAGCAUGGUGAUAGUAAGUCAAGUUCAAGCAAAGACAAGGAGCGUGAACGUAGUUCUUCCGGUCACAGGCAUAGCAAGGAAAAGAGUUCGAAGCGAGAGUCUCACGAUAGUAAAAGUAAAGAAUCCGGCGAGCAUAAGGACGGUAAAAGCAGAACAUCGUCAGAAUCUAAAAGUUCUAAAGAUAAUAAAGAGGAAAAGUCAAGAUCACAUAGUAGUUCGAAAAAAAGUAGAGAUGACAAGUCUCAUUCGAAACAUAAUGGAAAAAGUUCCUCCGACUCGAGCAAAACAUCAUCAAAGGACAACAAAAAAAGUAGUGAUAAAUCAGAUAAAAAAGACAAACAUUCACAUAGUUCUUCAGAUCGAAAAAGUGACAAAGGAGACAAAGAUAAACGAGAUUCCCGUAAAGAUGUAAGGAAAGACGAUCACUACAGCUUGAAAGAAAAAAGGUCUCAUCGUCGCUCGACCGAUCGUGAUUCGAGCGAUGGCCAAUCAGGAACACACAGCUCCUCGGGCUCAUUGACCGAUUUAACAACGCCCUCCCAGUUACAAAAGUCCAGUCAAGAAUCGUCUGUGGUGGAUUCAGGAGCAAGCACUGGGGCCGAUUCUGGGAACUCGGAUGCUACCAUAUCUCUAUUAGCGCAACCGGCGGACAUUGCUUCAAUUCCAUGCAUCGUUUCGGAAGAGGAAAAUGCCAGAGUGUUAUCGAAUACAGUGCCACAUUUAAAGCUAAUUAAACCCAAAUUCGCUUCCAAUAUUUUUGAGGCGAAAAGGUUGAUGAAAAUCAGAAAAAAGUUGGGUAAAUUAGAAAAACAAAAGCAAAUGGAGCUAUUAAGUACAAAUAGUUCUCUAAUUCAUAACAUAACCGUCAAUAAUACAGCUCUGGAAAAGAAUAAGAACGACACUGAAAACAAAGUUGAAGAAGUUAAACUUCCUGCUGAGGACGAAACUUCAUUACAGACUUCUGUAAUAAGCAAAGAAAGCUGGGAUGCAAUCGAAGCCAAGUUGAACGCCCAAAAUAUUCUACAAGUCGAUUAUAAUUCGUACGUUGACGCCUCCGAAACAAUUAAGGAUCACAAAAUAGAACAAAGUGAAGUAGAAACUAAAAAAGAAGACGGCACUAAAAACGAAAAGCAAGUAACAAACAAACACGAUUUCAAAGGUUUUGGCAAGCAGCUGGUCGACGAAGCCGAACUUUGUCUAAAUAAGUCGAACCAAACCAUUACACAGUGGGAAUCUGAUCUUGCAAAGUUGUCGAAAGCGUACUUAAUAGAUUUGGCUGAGAAGGACAAAUCUAGACUUAAAAAAAGUACCGAGGAGUUUAGCGAUUUUAAUAGACUGCCCAAAGUUGAAGUUGUUGAUGUGACAAGUAACGAGAUCAUUAUUUCGCCUGGAAGAGGUAUUAAACGUAUCUCUAAUGAGCACUCGGAUGUGCGCAACAAUAAUAAAAUUAGCAAAGAGUUGGGAGAUCUUUUAAGUGUAAAGCUCAACAAUUCCACGAUUGAGCCCGCCAGCACACCGAAACAUAAAGGAAAAAAGGCAAAAUUAACGGACAGCGCUGUAAAUACCUUAGAAAAUUUUAAUUUGCCUCUGAGUCCAGCAGACAGUGAAAAAUCAUUUAAUAGCGAAAAAAGAAACGAAGUAUCUGAAGGUAGACCUAGGAGAAACAGAGCGGCAAACAGACAGCGAUACUCCAGCGAUGAUCUCUAUAAACCACGUAUGCAAUUCACAAGCACGCGUCGUAGAACUACUAAUAAUGAAAAGAAUUGAUGUUUUCACAUUUUCGUUUUUUAAUUUAGUAGAGAUUUACACGGUCUUAUUGCAAUAUGUAAUUGUUUCAGCGAGUACAUAGAAGUAUUCAUGUUAAGGUAUUUUUAUACUGCACACAGUUUGUUGUAUCUAUUUAUUAGUUAAUUUCUAAAAUAAUUGUAAAAAUAUUGUUGUAAUAUUUUAUAUUGUAUGAUUAAUAUUCGGCCAAUUAGAUUAUAGUCAAUAAAAAUUUCUAUAUAUGUUCUCUUAAUA